AGGUAGAAGGAUGUCUACUCCCCGAUCUCAACACAAAGCAUAUGUCCUUUGUGUUACUUCUUUGACAGUCACAGUCUUUCUCUCUGCCCCUCUUCAAGCUGCUGCCCCAAUCAGGCUGGUUGGUGGGAGCACCGGCUGCUCAGGUCGAGUGGAGGUCUACUACAACAGCCAGUGGGGCACUGUGUGUGAUGAUAGCUGGGACACGAAUGAUGCUGAGGUGGUGUGUAGACAGCUGGGAUGCGGGUGUGCUGUCUCUGCCCCUGGUACAGCCUACUUUGGCCAGGGGAGUGGGAACAUCUUGAUGGAUGACGUCAGCUGCUCCGGUUCGGAAAGAUCCCUUGCAGAGUGCUCCCAUAGGGGUUUUGGAACACACGACUGCAGCCAUAGUGAGGAUGCUGGUGUGGUGUGCUCAGAGCUGACCACCAUGAAGACGAAAGGCACCAGGGUCAUGAGGGGUCCGGAUUGGCGGUGGGGAAGCCAGGACGGCACACCUCCUGGUCUGGGCUGCGUGAUUGGCCAGAGUAGUGAAGCUGGCUGCAUGAGAGUGAGGUGGGACAGCGGCGGUGAACACAGCUACCGCGUGGGCAAAGAGGGCAAAUUUGACCUUCAGCUGGCAGCACCAGUAGAUAUUGCCUUCCUACUCGAUGGAUCUGGAAGUGUGAAUUCAGACCAGUUCAAAACCAUGAAAACGUUUGUGAAAGAUCUUACUCGAAGUCUUAUGAAACCUAGCACCUCUUUUGCCUUUGCCCAAUACUCUGAUAGAGCCACCGUCCAUGUGAACUUUCACCAGUUUCAGAGAACGAGAUGGGAAAAUCAGGUGGACAUCAUCAGCCAGAUAGAUGGAGGCACAUAUACUGCAGGUGCUAUGCGGAAAGUUGUGAACGAUAUGUUUCAUUCUUCUGGUGGAGCAAGACCUGGGGCUAAGAGGAUCCUCAUUGUCAUCACAGAUGGGGAAUCCUCUGAUGCCUCAGACUAUCCCAGUGUCACUGCGCUGGCCGAGGGCAAAAAGAUUACUAGAUAUGCCGUUGGGGUUGGAAAUGCCUUUAACAGUCAGUCAGCACUUACUGAGCUCAGAGGCAUCGCAUCUUCACCAGAAUCAGACCAUGUGUUUAAAGUCAACAGCUUUGAGGCACUGGAAAAAAUUAGCACCACCCUGGAAAAGAGCAUCGUUAUAGAAGUUACAUUGCCAAAACCAGUUCUCACACUUCAAACGGAAAGGAGGUCACCUUGGGGUCAACCUGUUCAGAUGACCUGCUCCAUCUCCACUCAGCACCUGGGAGGGACAUUCACCCUACAGCAGCUCUCUGGGUCCUAUAGACAGACUAAGGCAGCUUCAGGAACCUCUGCUGUGUUCACCAUCCCUCAGAUGGACUUUGUCCAUGAAGGAUCCUACUACUGCCAGUACCAAACACGAGUGUCCAGUCGUGAUUUCACCUCCUCCCGCAGUGAUUCUGUCAGCCUCUCUGUAGUAGUAACACUGCCAAAACCAGCUCUCACACUCCAAACAGGAAGAAAUGCAUCAUGGGGUCAGUCUGUUCAGAUGAACUGCUCUAUCUCUACUCAGCACCUGGGAGGGACAUUCACCCUACAGCAGCUCUCUGGGUCCUAUAGACAGACUAAGGCAGCUUCAGGAACCUCUGCUGCGUUCACCAUCCGUCAGGUGGACUUUGUCCAUGAAGGAUCCUACUACUGCCAAUACCAAACACGAGUGUCCAGUCGUGAUUUCACCUCAUCCCGCAGUGAUUCUGUCAGCUUCUCUGUAGUAGUUUCACUGCCAAAACCAGCUCUCACACUUCAAACAGGAAGAAAUGCAUCUUGGGGUCAGUCUGUUCAGAUGAACUGCUCUAUCUCUACUCAGCACCUGGGAGGGACAUUCACCCUUCAGCAGCUCUCUGGGUCCUAUAGACAGACUAAGGCAGCCUCAGGAACCUCUGCUGCGUUCACCAUCCGUCAGGUGGACUUUGUCCAUGAAGGAUCCUACUACUGCCAGUACCAAACACGAGUGUCCAGUCGUGAUUUCACCUCCUCCCACAGUGAUUCUGUCAGCCUCUCUGUAGUAGUAACACUGCCAAAACCAGCUCUCACAGUUCAAACAGGAAGAAAUGCAUCAUGGGGUCAGUCUGCACAGAUGACCUGCUCCAUCUCCACUCAACACCUGGAAGGGACAUUCACCCUUCAGCAGCUCUCUGGGUCCUAUAGACAGACUAAGGCAGCCUCAGGAAACUCUGCUGCGUUCACCAUCCGUCAAGUGGACUUUGUCCAUGAAGGAUCCUACUACUGCCAGUACCAAACACGAGUGUCCAGUCGUGAUUUCUCCUCCUCCCGCAGUGAUUCUGUCAGCCUCUCUGUAGUAGUUACACUGUCAAAACCAGUUCUCACCCUUCAAACGGAAAGUAGGUCACCUUGGGGUCGACUUGUUCAGAUGACCUGCUCCAUCUCCACUCAGCACCUGGGAGGGACAUUCACCCUACAGCAGCUCUCUGGGUCCUAUAGACAGACAAAGGCAGCCUCAGGAACGUCUGCUGCGUUCACCAUCCGUCAGGUGGACUUUGUCCAUGAAGGAUCCUACUACUGCCAGUACCAAACACGAGUGUCCAGUCGUGAUUUCACCUCUUCCCGCAGUGAUUCUGUCAGCUUCUCUGUAGUAGUAACUCUGCCAAAACCAGCUCUCACACUUCAAACAGGAAGAAAUGCAUCAUGGGGUCAGUCUGUUCAGAUGAACUGCUCUAUCUCCACUCAGCACCUGGGAGGGACAUUCACCCUACAGCAGCUCUCUGGGUCUUAUAGACAGACUAAGGCAGCUUCAGGAACCUCUGCUGCAUUCACCAUCCCUCAGGUGGACUUUGUCCAUCAAGGAUCCUACUACUGCCAGUACCAAACACGAGUGUCCAGUCGUGAUUUCACCUCCUCCCGCAGUGAUUCUGUCAGCUUCUCUGUAGUAGUAACAAUGCCAAAACCAGCGCUCACACUUCAAACAGGAAGAAAUGCAUCAUGGGGUCAGUCUGUUCAGAUGAACUGCUCUAUCUCCACUCAGCACCUGGGAGGGACAUUCACCCUUCAGCAGCUCUCUGGGUCCUAUAGACAGACUAAGGCAGCCUCAGGAACCUCUGCUGCGUUCACCAUCCGUCAGGUAGACUUUGUCCAUGAAGGAUACUACCACUGCCAGUACCAAACACGAGUGUCCAGUCGUGAUUUCACCUCUUCCCGCAGUGAUUCUGUCAGCCUCUCUGUAGUAGUAACACUGGCAAAACCAGUUCUCACACUUCAAUCAGGAAGAAAUGCAUCAUGGGGUCAGUCUGUACAAAUGAGCUGCUCCAUCUCCACCCAGCACCUGGGAGGGUUAUUCACCCUACAGCAGCUCUCUGGGUCCUAUAGACAGACUAAGGCAGCUUCAGGAACCUCUGCUGCGUUCACCAUCCGUCAAGUGGACUUUGUCCAUGAAGGAUCCUACUACUGCCAGUACCAAACACGAGUGUCCAGUCGUGACUUCACCUCUUCCCGCAGUGAUUCUGUCAGCCUCUCUGUAGUAGUAACUCUGCCAAAACCAGCUCUCAUACUCCAAACAGGAAGAAAUGCAUCAUGGGGUCAGUCUGUUCAGAUGAACUGUUCUAUAUCCACUCAGCACCUGGGAGGGACAUUCACCCUACAGCAGCUCUCGGUGUCCUAUAGACAGACUAAGGCAGCCUCAGGAACCUCUGCUGCGUUCACCAUCCGUCAGGUGGACUUUGUCCAUGAAGGAUACUACUACUGCCUGUACCAAACACGAGUGUCCAGUCGUGAUUUCAUCUCUUCCCGCAGUGAUUCUGUCAGCCUCUCUGUAGUAGUAACACUGGCAAAACCAGUUCUCACACUUCAAUCAGGAAGAAAUGCAUCAUGGGGUCAGUCUGUACAAAUGAGCUGCUCCAUCUCCACCCAGCACCUGGGAGGGACAUUCACCCUACAGCAGCUCUCUGGGUCCUAUAGACAGACUAAGGCAGCUUCAGGAACCUCUGCUGCGUUCCCCAUCCGUCAAGUGGACUUUGUCCAUGAAGGAUCCUACUACUGCCAGUACCAAACACGAGUGUCCAGUCGUGACUUCACCUCUUCCCGCAGUGAUUCUGUCAGCCUCUCUGUAGUAGUGUCCCUGUCACAGCCCAUCAUCUCUGUGAGUGCCCCAGAGGAAGAGCUGGUCUUGGGGCCCCACGGCCCAGAGGUCCCCUGGGGCCAAAGCUUCUCCAUCAUCUGCUCCACCAAGCCACAGUACCAAGGAGGCUCUUUCCACCUCACCUCUGAUGGGUCAGCUGAGAUCUGGACUGAGCUGGCUGUCAAUCACUCGGCCUCUUUCUACUUUCCUAAGGCAGAUUUCAUCCAUGCAGGGAACUACAGCUGCAUCUAUGAGGUCACUUUGUCAUCUCGUCACUUCCCCUCUGGAAAAACAGACGUGCUUUGUGUGACCAUAAGAGCACUGACUUGGAUGGAGUGGUCUCGCCAUAUAGCGUCUGCACGUCCCUCUGUGUUCUAUGGAGUGACACUUGGGCUGUUGCUUCUACUGUUGCUUCUCCUGCUGGUCCUGUGCUCAGUGUUGCUUUUGAACAAAACGAAGGCUAAAUAUGUGAUCAACGAGGAGUACUGGCCCAUGAGUUCAUUUGAGGUACUGCAGAGCCACCAGAGAGCAAGUGAGGACAAUGAAGAUACCAAUUCCGAUGGAUGAAAAACAUGUCCUGCAUGGAUUUUCAUUGUUAGCAGACCUCAGUAUAUAUAUGUGGUUAAAGAUUUGCGCUUUUGCUUUACUGAUUUGCCCUGAUUGCCAUAUUUGUCUGAUGCUCAAUGAAUCCUCUUUUUUGUCCAUGACAUUGCAUUUUUUAACAGUAUGGUAGAAAUAAUUAGUGUCUAAGCAGAGAAACUUCUGGAUCCUUAUUCUUUGCGACUUCUUUCUUUUUCAGCCACUAAAAUUCAUACAGGCUUCAAACGUUGUAUGUAGAUUCAUAUCCUACCAACAAUAUCACAUAAUUGUAAUGAUCUUGCUGCACCUCUAGGGGGAGUACAGUAGCAAUAUUCCUGAAUCCAAUCUAACCGGCCUGGGGUGCUUUUCCCAAAACCAUAGUUUUAGAAUCAGAAUCAGAAUCAGAGUCAGCUUUAUUGGCCAGGUUUGCGUGAACAAACAAGGAAUUUAACUCCGGUUAAUCUUUGCAACACUCAACAAUAACAUAAAACACAGUAAAAAAAAGAAUAAGGGCAAUAAGCUAUGUGUAAGAAUAAAGGAAUAAUUCUAAUAAUUUCCUAAAGUCCACUGUCAUCUCCACAGUCUUCUUCGGGUUGUGCUCCAGGUGGUUCUGACUGCACCACUAGUGCUAACCUGUUGCCAACUUACAGUAGUUGGUUGGCAAGGGGAAAUGGCAAUGGCAGUGCAACCAACAAAUUUGCUAACUUAGUUACUUACU